UGUCACGUGCCCAACGUCCCCCGAGUAAAAUUUUAUGAGUUUUAUCGGUCUCCUUAGCUCUGCUUUAUAUAAAAAGGCUUAGGCACUGAAGAAAGAGAAGCAAGCAUUGAGCUCUUUCUUGAUUAGAAUGGGCAGGGCUCCUUGCUCCUCCAAAAACUCCGAGCUCAAUCGUGGGGCUUGGACUGCCCAAGAAGAUUUUAUUUUAAGUGAAUGCAUCAAAAUUCAUGGAGAGGGCAGAUGGCGAUCAAUACCCCAAAAAGCAGGUCUGAAGCGAUGUGGAAAGAGUUGCAGAUUGCGUUGGUUGAACUAUCUCCGUCCUGAUAUUAAGCGGGGAGACAUCUCACCGGAUGAAGAGGAUCUCAUCCUUAGAUUACACGGACUCCUCGGCAAUAGGUGGUCACUUAUUGCUGGAAGGCUGCCAAGUCGAACAGACAACGAAAUAAAGAAUUUCUGGAACACUCAUAUGAGGAAGAAGAGCCAAUCAUCACUGCCAGAGAAGGAAACUCUUUCCGGGUGCCACAGAAAACCCAAACCUGCUUCUCCUGCAGGUGAACAUGUGCUCAAAUCUACUCCAGUUAAAGCAACAGCAGUAAGGAUAACGAAGGGCUGCAGCAAAUAUGCUACUAACUCUAAGAUUUCAAAUCUUCGAGACAUAAACUGCUCUGAUGGUAAAAUUUCACACACUGUACAGAUCAAGGAGAACAAUUCUGAUAGCAUCGGUAUUUCCAUGGAGAAGAAUCUAUCACAAUCUCCAUCAAUGGAAAUUGAUGGGCUGUAUUCUCCAUGUUACGGACCCAGUUCAGUAAACUAUCAAAGCCCACAUUCUGAGCCCUUUGAAGAUAGUGGAGUCAAUACUUUCCAGAGUUUAUUAUACAUGAACGAGCUCUCUUCUCCAGAGUUUGAUGUUUGCACCAGUACUGAGAUAGGCCAGUUGUUAGAUAACAACAUACAACAUGUGAAUAGUUUUACAGCUAGUGAUGAGCAAGCAAAUAAAGAAAUGAAGCAGAAAGAGGAUUGGGUAGAGGAGCUACAAUAUCAACAGAAGUCAAGUCUACAGUGGCUUAGCUUACUGCUCUUGGAAUCCGAGGAAGACUGGGAGGAAGCAAAUAACAAAGACUCUGCACAGUGUUCAUGAUAACCAGACAACGUAUUGCAUUUCUGUGGUUUUAGUUUACCUCUUUUAUCUUAGAGAACUGUGUUGUUAAUUUUAUGUCUUUGUACUUACUAUUCACAACAGUACCUUACAUAAGUUAAACGUCAUGGAGCUGCCCUUGGUAGUAGAGAUGGCGACUGAUAUAAACGUUAUUGUUAAGUAUCAUAAAGUUAUGUCAACAGCAGAGGAGGAAUAUACCAACACACUUAACCUUUAUAAUAAAUUUAGGCAUGGGUUGCUGUCGUUUGAAAUAUAGAACGGUAGCUUAAAACCAUAUAGCGUUGAGAAGCAAGCUUUCGGGAAGUUUUGACCAGCCGUUGAUAUUAUGAUAUUUGGUACAAUGUGCUGUUAAGCUUUAUUUUAUACUAUUGAGAUGGCGACUGGCAAGACCAAUAAUAUAGUACAAAAAAGAACGUCCAAUCUUAAGCAGCACAAGAGUAACGUGCCUGUCUCUUGAUUGAAACAACUGUGCAUGCGUCCAUUACAAACCACUCCAUAGAUAGGAUUAUAAAGCCACUUUCGAUCCCACAAAUUCACUAACUUUUACAGAUUUUAUUCCCUCACUGAUCAUUUCCAUCUUUGUUUUUUAAUAAAGUUCAAUUCUCAGGUCUUA